CCCCGCCGCUGCUGCUGCUCUCCGUCGCCGUCGCCGCCCGUGACGCUCUCAGUGCCGCCACAGCUGCUCGUUGGGUGCCUCUCAUGGGCGCUGGGAACUGACUCCCCGCAGGGACUUCUGUGAGGCCGAAGAGAGAGGAGGAGCGCGGAGCGGUGGCGAAAGAGGAUGAACCACGUGGGCAGCCCUGUGAAAGCUUAUGACUUCUUGCUGAAAUUCCUGCUGGUGGGCGACAGCGACGUGGGCAAAGGAGAGAUACUAGCCAGCCUGGAGGAUGGAGCCACCGAGUCGCCUUACGGGUACAAUAUGGGUAUUGAUUACAAGACGACAACAAUACUCCUAGAUGGGCGUCGAAUAAAGCUGCAGCUCUGGGACACAUCUGGGCAAGGCAGAUUCUGCACCAUAUUUCGUUCCUAUUCCAGAGGGGCCCAGGGCGUGAUAUUGGUAUAUGAUAUUACAAAUCGCUGGUCAUUUGAUGGCAUUGAUCGAUGGAUAAAGGAAAUAGAUGAGCAUGCUCCUGGUGUACCCAAAAUCCUUGUUGGCAACCGCCUACAUCUGGCCUUCAAACGACAAGUAUCUACUGAGCAGGCACAGGCCUAUGCUGAAAGAUUAGGCAUGACAUUCUUUGAAGUAAGCCCACUCUGUAAUUUCAACAUCACAGAGUCCUUUACAGAACUUGCAAGGAUUGUGUUAAUGAGACAUGGAAUGGACCGGCUGUGGAGGCCAAACAAAGUCCUGAGUUUGCAAGAUCUUUGUUGCCGCGCCAUAGUUUCAUGCACCCCAGUGCACCUUGUGGACAAACUUCCACUCCCUGUUGCCUUAAGAAGCCAUCUUAAAUCGUUCUCUAUGGCCAAUGGACUUAAUGCUCGGAUGAUGCACGGACGUUCCUACUCUCUCACUGCCAGCAACAACAACAAAAGAAAUAGUCUGAAGAAAGUCAAAAUUAUCCGUCCACUCCAGAGCCCUCCGAAACACUGCACCAGAAAUAGCUGUAAAAUCUCCUAAGCCUCAGCUUGGAAAGGUUUGGGCCAGAGCCUUUAACACAAGGACUCAUAGUCAGGUCUGUUGUAUGUAUUGCAUUACAGAAACAGAACAAAAAACAUGCUAUUUUAGAGUCAUUUGUUUUAAAUAAUGCUGCUUCCAGAUGUGUGAUGCACUCUGUGCAAACAAAGGGAUGUGAAACUUUGCUGUUGGGUUUUUUAUAUAUCAAUUUUUUGAUGUGCAUGAAGACUUUGUGUGUUUUAUAAAGGGAAUAAUAUAUCGCACUACUCAGCUUUCGAUGGCACUAAAUCUCAGAAGUAAGUUGUUUUAAUUGCUCAGAUAUUGUUUAAUGGCUACUUUUUAUUUGGAGUUAAAUAGGAAUCAGUGUCAGUCUGUAAAUGCAGGCAGUUUCUUAAACCACAAUGUAUUGUAUACAUUGUAAAAGCUACAAAUUCUGUAGUGAAACAAAUAUUUGUGAUGUUGCAAUAGAGCAUCUGAAAAUGGUUUUGUACUGCUUCCUCAGUGAUUUUGAAACACUACUUUGAGCUACCAGUGUGUAAAUGCAAUAUACACAAGAUUUUCUCCCAUCCAUGUAUAAAAUAUUUGAUAAAAGUUUUGCUAUGUUGUUUAGGGAUUAAUCUGUGGUUUAUAUGCUUAUUUUUCUGGUAAAUAUACAUUUUUGUAAUGGAUAUUCUAGUGAUCAGUUAUAUUGUGAAGAAAGCCAAAGACAUCAGAUGUAUUUGCCACACAGCAGUAAGAAAAAUGUGGUUUUAAAAGCUGCUUUAUCGGGGAAAGGACGCUAUUUAAAAAUAAAACACUUUUUAAAAGCUCUAAAAAGUGCUGGGGUGAUUCUUCCUAGUUAAAUAUUUUCCUGGUCUCCCAAGACUUUGUUGAGGUAAUGACUUUCAUUUAUAAUUUGUUCAUGACUUGGUUAAAGGGUCAUCUACCAGUUUUGUCUGUGAAGUUACAUUGAACAGCUGCCCAGAAUGGCUAGGGCAAACCAGUCAGAUAGGUGGGGGCAAAUAAUAAAAUUAUUAUUAUUAUUAUUAUUAUUGGCUGGUAGUUGGUUUUAAGUAAACUGGGGGUAUUUCCCAUUGCUGUACUGUUCUGCUUUCAACUUACUUUGUUUCAAUAUUGUUUUGCUUUUUACAGUAUUUUAUAUUGUUCAGUUUGAUUUGAAUUGAAAACAUUUCUGAUGGUUUAUUAUUUAUUUUUUUACUCUGUUUUUCCUUUACUAGACAGAGUUCUCUUAAGAACAAAUGCCCUCUGUUACCCCCUUGGCUGCCCCCAUCAUCUUCCAGGUGAACAGCCAGAAGCCACAUGACACCAUCAAUAACACUUCUUGUUUCAGAGCUGCUACUGCAAGGGCAAUAUCAUCUGCCUAUAAAUCUUAUUUUAUUAUUGCAAUCCACUAUAGGAACAUAAGAUGCUGGACCAGACCAAAGGCCCACCUGUUCUCACAGUGACCAAUGAGAUGCCUCUGGGAAGUCCACAAGCAGGACAUUAGCACAACAGCAUUCUUCUCCACUUGCACUCCUCAGCAAUUAGUAUUCAAAGGCAUACCACCUUACGAUACUGGAGGCAGAAAAGGCCAUUACAGCUCAAAGCCAUUGAUAGAAAAAUUAUGGAGAACAAGGUGAAGUUAACUCUUAAAGCCAUCCAAGUUGGUAGCCAUUACUACAUCAUAGAGUAGCUAAUUCCAUAGUUUUAAUUGUUUACUAGGUGAAGAGGUAUUUCCUUUUCUCUGUCCUGAAUCUUCCAAGUUUGAGUUUCAUGGAAUGAUCCUGAGUUUUAGCAUGAGAGGGGGAGAAAAACCUAACCAGACCCACUUUCUCCAUUCUACCGGUAUACAUAAUUUUAUUCACCCUUUUUGUAAAUUGAAAAGCCCCAAGUGAAGUAAGCUUUCUGCAUAGAGGAGUUGUUCCAGCCCCUUGAUCUUAUUGGUUGCUCUUUUCUGCAUCUUUUCCAGCUCUGCAGUAUCAUCUUUGAGAUGAGCAGAAUUUCAAGUACAACACACAAGAUUUACACUUUUACUGGGCCAUCCACUACAACAACCCCAAAUAUAUUUCCUGCUCAAUCACCACCAGUUCAGUGUAUAUGAGAAAUGAUGGGUUUUUUGCUCUGAAAUACAUCACUUUACACUUGCUUACACUGAAUUACAUUCACCAUUUUAAUGUCUAUCCAGUCUGAAGAGAUGGCCGAGAGUUCCUAACAAUCCCUUUUUGUUUUUACCAGCCUACACAGUUUUCUGUCAUCAGCAAAGUUGUUGACCUCAUUGCUCACCUCUAAUUCAAGACUAAAUAUCUAAAUUGGCACCCAUAGGCAAAUGUACUCAGAGCUUUUCUUCUCUUGCCUUUUAAAAUUAAAAAACCAAAACAAAUACAGUCUUUAGCCCUCCUAGAAAGUAAGUUAUGACGCAAAAUACGCAGGUACGCAGUUUCUGUGAAAUGAGCCAACCUGGCUGCUCCUGUCAGUCAGUAUUUUUAGCCAAUGAGUGAAGUCAAAGCUGUGAUUGAUAAGUGAUUUGUUUGAAAACCAGCAAUAGGAAUUCCUGGAGUCUGCAGGACCUGCUGUUUCUCUGUCUCAUGUUUGAAAAGCAGUAUUCAAAAAUAAAAUUAUUGCCAAGCAUAAGCAAAACACACUUGCCAAGCCAACACAUCACACCUCCAUGUCACUUCAUGUUCCUAAUUGUGAAAGUGCUUGAUGAAGAAGAAAGGGAGGAAACCGUUUCCUAAGCACAGUGAACAACAAAUGAAACAUCAGAACAGAAAUUGUAGUACUGUAUACGGUAGUAUUGUGUGUAUGCCAGUGUGUUAUUGAAACCAGCAAUGUCCUUUGGCCUUAUGAAAAAUGUGCGGUCUGAGCACUUGAAGGUUUAUUCCUCAGCGCAUUGUCUUAAGCACAGCAACAUAUGAAGCAUACUGUUAUAGGUCUACAGAUGCUAAAUGCCCGGGUUUAAUAUAUGUUGGAAUAUAAUUAGAACUGGGAUGUGAAAAUGGCAUGUCAGGCCACUGUGUCUUAAAAUGUGUAUUAGGUUCUGCAGACACACUUCAAAGCUCCUGAAAUUAACAUGUGAGAAGCUUAAUGAAGGCAGACCCUGUGCCAGCCAUGGCUAACCCUGGAGAAUCAACAAGUAAAAGUUAAUUAACAGGUAAUUUCCUUGUGAGGUGACCGCCUGGGGACAAGCCAUUUAGGCGACACAAAGGGGUGAAAGGGUAAGCCUCAUUUGCAAAUGUGUGGGCCAGGGCAGGAUUUAAGCUACUGAAUUUAAUGGGGCCCUUUAUGUGUCCAGCUGUCCUUUGUCAACGACAAAUUGUUGCUGUUUUUUGUUUCAGGUAGGUAGCUGUGUUGGUCUGACGCAGACGAAAUAGAUAAAAAAAAAUUAAAAAUUGUCCAGUAGCACCUUAGAGACCAGCUAAGUUACUUCUGGGUAUAAGCUUUUGUGUGCAUGCACACUUCUUCAGACUUAAUUGUCAGGGGUCCUUUACCCUUAACUGGGCUGUUUUUUGUGUUGAAUAUAUGCUAUAAAGUAAUUUACUGACCUAAUAGGUAUCUAAAAUCAUUUGCACACAACAAAUACAGUGGUACCUCGGGUUACAAACACCUUGGGUUACAAACACUUGGGGUUACAGACUCUGCUAACCCAGAAAUAGUACCUCGGGUUAAGAACUUUACCUCAGGAUGAGAACAGAAAUUGUGCGCUGGCGGCGCGGCGGCAACGAGAGGCCUCAUAAGCUAAAGUGGUGCUUCAGGUUAAGAACGGUUUCAGGUUAAGAACGCACACAAAACACUGUUGCUGUAUGUAGGUCUUAUUUUAUUUGUUUUUUAAUCUUAUAUUUUGGAAAUGUACAUCCAGGUU